GACAGACUCGCGCGAUUGUUUUGGCAGGAUGGCCGCUUCUGUCAGUGACAGCAGUCAGAAACCGCUGCAGAAUGCCAUGAGACUUGUAAAAGUGGCCAUUCAGCUGGAUACCGGCAACAGACACAAGGAGGCGUACUGUGAAUAUUUGAGAAGUAUUAACUACAUCUCUCAUGCUCUGCUUGAAGAUGUCACAUCUAAACAGGAGGGAGAGAUGGAGUCGGUGGAAUUGGAGAAGAUGGUGAAACUAAUAGAGCAAUGUUUAGAGAGGGUUAAAUCAUGCAUCAUAAGAAAGCACGAGUCCCCAACACCUGUCAUUUCCUCCACUCCUCUGUCCGCUUCCCAACAGGCCACCUUUCCAGCUAUUAAUGCGACAAAUCAUCCCAAAAUGACAGAAACAUCUAAUGCAGCUGCAUUGCUUUCUGAGACCCAAAGGAAAGAGCAGCCCACCAGACAUCGCAGAGUCCUCUCUGAGGGAGGGGAGACCGACUCCCCCUUCCUGCCACCUGAAGUCUUCCAGAAGCUUCAGUCAAUGGAAUUACAAGACAACAGAAAGGAAUUAACGCCUAUUGAGGAAGCAUCACGUCUCAACCAGAAACUUAAGGCUAAUUAUGAGGCUCGGCUGGCAAGACUUACCCCUGGUCAGGCCACACAAAAAACCUCAUUGACUCUCUCACUCCAGAGGCAGAUGAUGGAGAAUCUGAAAAUAGCCAAAGCCAGGCAAGAUGCACUUCAAAGAAAAAUGGAGGAAAGGAGACUCCGGCUGCAGGAAGAAGCCAACAGGAGGUUUGCGAGCUGUGGGACCAUGACACCUGAGGAACAAGAGCAGCGGGUUCUGUAUGCAAGUGUGCUUGAAUAUGAGCAAGAUCAUGAAUGGCCAAAAAUUUGGAAAGCUAAUCUGAAAAAGAAUCCAAAUGAUCCAACGCUGGUUUCAGGUCUCAUCUCAUGUCUUCUCAGCUACCCAGACCAUCCAGUCAUGAAGUUGCUGAAGAGGCUUCAGUAUAGGGUGUAUAACAGAUUGUAUCCUAUAGUGUGCCAGUUUGUUCCUCUGAGCACAGUGCCUGGUCACUCCCUGCCCUUAAAGCCCUCCCGCAGCGCUCAAAGCCUGUUCCUGUCCGACAGUUUUAUCUCUCCGCAGCAGCAGCAGAGCCCGCUCAAAUCUGCUAUGACACACAGCUUAUCUGAUGCCUCCAUCUCCAUCUCCCUUUCCCCAUCCCACGACCUCAACGCCAACGACACAAAGUCAGAGACCGACCUGGAUGAGUGCUCAACUCUGGUCUCCACAGAUAGGGAGAACUCUUUUGAGGAUCUAGAGAAGUUUCUUACUCAGCUGGACUGGGUUCCUUCUCACAGUGGUGAUGAUACAGACUAUGAUGUGACCUUUGACACAACACACAUAGACCUCAAAUCUCAUAUUAAUCAUCUUGAGGAGCGUGCUUUGAAGGAACAUUUGAAGGCCAUCGUCAAAGACAUCCACAAUGCUAUCGAUCGCCUGCUGUCCCUGUGUCUUCUCUCUUUUGAAUGUCUCAACACUGCGAAUUCUAAGGACCAAUGUGUGGCGAGUAUAGAGGAAGUCUUCUUCACCCCUAUUUGGCCCCCUCUUUUGGCACUUUUUAGGAAGGUGCAUCAAGAACGGGAGCUGGCUGUUGAGAGCAGCAUGCGUCUUCAUCGUAAUCUUUCACCUGGUGAUGUUGGUGUUUCAUCUAAAUUGUUCCCAAGAGACCCAGCUGUGCUGCAUGGUUCCUAUCCAUACGAAUCAGCGGUGCAGGAGCUGAAGCUUCUGUGUAGAGACUAUUGUCCUCAGAAGAAACUGGAGUGUAUUGUGAGAACUCUACGAAUUAUCUGUGGCUGUGCUGAAGAGUACCGCCUCCUGCAAGAAAAUGAUCCUCCACCCAAAUCAGCAGCGAUAGGUGCGGAUGACCUGUUGCCCAUCCUGACGUUCGUGGCUUUACGCAGUGAAACGCCUCAGCUGGUGUCUGAAUGUGCCGCAUUGGAAGAGUUCAUUCACGAGGGGUAUCUGAUCGGAGAGGAAGGGUACUGCCUGACGUCAGUGCAGAGCGCGCUGACCUACGUUGAGUCAUUGCUCUUGGGUGGGGCUCCACCCCCGGCUGCCAAACCCACCUGACGUAGGUGCCUUAGCCGACGGAAAGAUCUCAUCGUGUUUGACAGUCCUAAGGAGUUGGUGUAUCUCUUCUGCUCAGCCUGUUCAAGUCCCAAAUCAGGCCAGACUUCAGUUCUAUUCAGAACUUCCCCACCUACUGCUUUUGAAGUGACUGGAGAAGAUUAUUCACUGUGUUUGGGCGCUACAGGGCAGGUUCAUCUGAAUGUGGUUAGAAGUAAGAUCAGUAUUGUAGCCAAAGCAAAAAAAAAAAUAUUUAUAUGAGGCUGAAUGGGAUUAAAUGGGCCAGAUGUUAGGAAAGGAUUUGUGCAAAGGUUAGUUGAAAUGUUUUUUUUUUUUAUAUAUAUAUAUAUAUAUAUAUAUAUAUAUAUAUAUGUAUAUAUAUAUGUGUAUAUAUAUGUGUAUGUAUGCAUGUAUGUACACAAAUCCUAAUUCUAGUUCUAAUCCCAUUGACUUUUUUUUUUAUUUUUUAUUUUUUGGUCAAAAUGUAUUUCUCAGAUAAUUUUAUCAAUGGAAAUGGAAAAACUAAAGCACUACUAGCAUUUGUCAUCAUGUAACACCCUAUUUAUUAAACCAUAUAAAAAGAGAUACUAAUUGAGUUUUUUUGUUGUUGUAUUUUAGCUCAGAAUUUUAGCCAUUUUGAGCUUGUUGCACUGGUUAGGACAUAAUGGAGAAAAAUGGUGAAAACAAGUUCUGUUAUGUUUAUACUCCAAGCUGUACAUUUCUCUUGCAAGUAAAUAUACCACUUAGUAGACAGGCAUCAUGUUGUUAAGCAGUAUAGGUUUUAUCUAUUUCUUUUUAAAUGUCUUAAUUUGUUAAUUAAUUGCUUUUCACUCUAAUAGUCAAAGCAAUGAAAUCAAUGUGAAAAAAAAAAAAAGUUUGGAUUCGCAAGAAACAUUAAUGCUGCUGAACCGUCUGUCUUCAGUUACUGAGGUUGAGGGUAUUGAAUAGAAAAUAGACAUAAUAAAAUAAAUUGUAUGAGCAAAUGCAUUUAUAUAUUUAUGUUUUGUCUGAGCAGAAUGUGUGAUUGUGUUUGUUGCUAAAGAUGUGUAAUGUGAAUGUAGCCUGAAUCUCUUUGCUUGAGAGACAGCGGCCAUGUUUUUUCUUUUGUUUUUUAUAAAACCUUCCCAAGUUCUUCAUACCCGAUCGUUAGGAUUGGAUAAUGCACAAUGGCAUGGUUUAAAAGUGCAUGUCAUGUGAAUUUUCUAACAAUAAAGACAUAUGUAACACUU